UUAGAGAUACGAUCACACGUAGCGUCUCCUUGCCCGACCAUUUUAAUUGCCUUCUUGCCUUGCCUUCGCAUCCUUGCAUCUCUCUCUCUCUCUCUCUCUCUCUCUCUCUGAAGAAGCGAGCGAUCGCGUCGCCGUUAAUGGCGGACAACCAUCCCGAUCUCUUUCUGCUGCUUCCCCACUUCGCCGGUGACCCAGAUCCCCCUCCUCCGCCGCCGCCCUUCUGGUCUUCCCCCUUCGCCUCCCUCUCCUCCUCCGCCGACCUCGACACCGCCUCCGACUACUCCGACGACGACCACGCCUCUCUCUCCCUCGACCUCUUCCGACGCCGCCCAAGAUCCCCUUCCUGCCCUCGCCCCUUCAUCCCCCCGGUGUUUUGGUCCGACAACGACCUCGAAGAGCUCGAGCGCCCUGGGUGCCUUGGCCUCGAUUCCGUGUUCGACGGGGAAGAGGACGAGAGCGAAACGGCGGAUGUUGCGGAUCGGGGAAUGAUCGUCCCGGAUUGGGCCUCCGACGACUUCUUCGUUGGGCAGAGACGCUGCCCUUCCGACUCGACCGAGUUCUCCAGGACCCGGCAUAUGGAUGAAGGUGGCCUUAGGGUUACCGGAAUCGACUCCGAUUCAGAUUCCGAUGAACAGAUCGUCGCCAUGUUCGGCGAGCAAAUGGUGGCUGAAAUGGGCAUGGACUCCGAUGAUGGCGUAGGGCAGUACGGGCUCUCUGAUGAGUUCGAUGUUCCUCUCCGUUGGGACAGCCUCCAACUGGGCGACGGCCGGAGGGACGUCAACGAGGGAUUUGAGUGGGAGGAGAUCGACGGUCAGGACGAAGAAAGAGAUUCUAUUGAUGUAAUGGUUCUUGGCCACGACGCGAGGUCGGAUGAGAGUAGAGUGUUGACGGUUACUGAGGUUGAAGAUGAAGCGGUGGUCAGAAACGUCGAUUGGCAGAUUCUCUUGGCCAUGAACGAUCUGGGAAGGAGUCCACUCGAUCCUGAUGAAGUCGGAGCCUACUUUGAGGACCAGGAUGGUCUCGCCUAUGCCUCCGAUUACGAGCCCUAUGAGGUACUAUUCGGACAACUGUUCGAGCAAAAUAGCAACUCCAAGGGCAGUCCGCCGGCGGCUAAGUCAGUGGUCGAGAACCUCCCUUCGGUGGUGCUAAGGAAAGAAGAUACCACCGAGAUCGAUGCUGUUUGUGCUGUUUGCAAGGAUGGAAUUCAGGUAGAGGAGCAAGUCAAGAGGCUGCCUUGCCUUCACCAUUACCACGAGGACUGCAUCCUCCCAUGGCUAUGUAUCAGAAACACCUGUCCCCUUUGUAGAUUUGAAUUGCCAACGGAUGAUCCUGAAUAUGAGAAGCGGAAAGCCAGGAGGGCAAAUGGUGUCAUCUCCCUUGAUGAAUCACAGCUCAGGUAUGAUUUUGAAAUGAUACCUGAAACUUCGAUCCUGUAAGGCCAAAGGUUCUGCUCUAAGAUGCACACAAGAUUGUGGUGCGCUUCUUUUCUGAUGUUGUCAUGUGGAGCUAUGGCCUUUGAUCUUAUGCUUUAUGUCGAUUUUAGGGAAUGAUAUGGUACUUAUUAUAGUUCAUCAAUUGUUCUUGUGACAAUUGGUUUUUAAAGCAGCUACCACAUAUACUAAUAACCAUCCAUUCAACUGGUGGCUUCUGUUUUA